GUUGUUGUUGAUACUGUUGUGUUGUUGAUGUGUUUAUACUGUUGUGUUGUUGAUGUUGUGUUGAUACUGUGUUGUUGUAGUGUUGAUACUGUUGUAAUACUGUUGUGUUGUUGAUGUUGCACACUACUGUGUGUGUACAUGUGUAGUACGUAGCGUGUGAGGGAGCAGAUUCUGCGCACUACGUCACCACUGAAGAACCACUAACCCUCGGUUUGAAACACAGCCUUCCUGCGACUACAUGGACGUUGUUGCUGAUGGCGAAGUGAAGCGGAACAUGACGGCAUUUGCUGGCUUUCCGAGUUUAAUAGGCACUUUUCAGGAUAAUUAAGACCACGGACAAGUUUUUGUGAGGUAAAAUAAAUGAAGAUGGACUGGUUUGUAAAUAUGAAGUUACCCCCUGAGGAGAGCCGCUGUGAGCAACACGAGGUCAGUGCAGAGAGCAUGGCUUCUCUAUGUGAGAGGCAGCAGCGGUGUGUGAAGGCCUCCAUCGUGUCUAGUUGGCAGUUGGUGGAGGCUCAGGACCAGCUCUGUGGUCUGGAGCUUCACGGCUCUGAGUCAGUAGAACAGGCCCGGGCUCAGGCACUCGCUUCGUCUGCACAUCUCUCUCAGACUGAGGAGGAGUGGAGGAUGAAGGAGAGCAUGCUGGACUCCCGCUGGAGUCCUGUCCUCGGACAGGAGCCUGGACACAGCGGCUUCAACAAAAGCAUCAUAAACCAUCCCAUGCCGAGGGGGAUGGACACGGAUUAUGACAAGAGCUUAACAUUUGUCCAGCGCCAUGAGGAAGAACUGAAGCAUUUUGGAAUGUUGAGGAGAUGGGAUGACAGUCAGCGUUUUCUGGCCCAGAUGCCCCACCUGAUCUGUGAGGAAGCAGCAAACUACCUGAUCUUAUGGUGUUUUCAGCUCUACGCUGAAGAGAAAGAAGCUCUGAUGGAGCAGGUUGCUCACCAGGCCGUAGCCAUGCAGUUUAUCUUGGAGAUGGGGCGCAGUGUGCAGCAGGACCCUCGUGCCUGCUUCCGCCAGUUCUUCCAGAAAGCCAAAGUGGGACAGGAGGGAUAUUUAGACGUCUUCCACACUGAACUCGAGGCCUUUAAACAGCGAGUGAAGGAAUAUGCAGUGAAGCACAAAGUGGACACACACAAAGCCCCAGAGCAGCCGUGUACACAGACCAGUGUCAGACUCACCUCUAAAGACGUGCUCCAGUCUCUGCCUCCUAAACACACACUAAAGGUGUGUAUCCAGUCACAGGACAUACACAGACUCCAGAAUGUUCUCAACACCAUGAACCCACAAGUAGCAGAACAUCAUAUAACGCGGUGUUUGGAGGCGGGGCUCUGUUCACAUCCUGGGCGGGGCUUUAAGGAUGAGGAAACGGAAACAGAGGAUCAAAGGAUGAUGGAGAUGUCUUAACACACACACACACACGCACGCGCCGUCUCUCGCUUGUGUUCAGGACAAUGAUGUUGAAAGUGUGUGAGCAUCAUAUGAGGAUCAGAUGAGUGAACACAACCUUCAUCCAACCUUCAGCUGGAGGAGGAGGAGGAGGAAGAGGAAGCGAACGGCUUUCAUCCAGAAUUUUUGUUUGUUUUUGUUUGUUUAUUUGUUUUUUUGGACCCACGUGUGAAUGUGUGCUGCACUUUAUAUAUGAUUGAGAAGAUGGUAUAUAAAAAUAGGACGAGGUAUUUUUGCGCAUGUUUUAUGCUUUUGUUUUUAUUUAGGAUUUUAUUUUGUUUGUUUGUUUCCGUAUCAGAUUCUUUUUGGACAUGGAAUCAUUUGUGAAACUUUUCUUUUACCUUCUCAAACGUUUUCCCUUCUUUCAUAAGCUAAAAAAGCAGAAAGUAUUUAAUGACCCUCAUUGGCCUCGUACAGAGGACCAGAACGAAUGCGUUUACUCACGAUGGCGACACGAUUCUCGAACAAUUACCUAUUUGUUUUCCUUUUCUUUUUACAUUUUUUAGCAUAAAAUGUGAUACUGUGGAAAUUAAUAUCCGUGUUUUUAUUAAUAUUCAUAUACAGGUGCUGGUCAUGUAAUUAGAACAUCAUCAAAAAGUCGAUUUAUUUCACUAAUUCCAUUCAAAUAAUGAAACUUUAUUAUAUUCAUUCAUUACACACAGACUGAUAUUUUAAAAUGUUUAUUUUUGUUCAUUUUGAUGAUUAUAACUAAAAAUCCCACAUUCAGUAUCUCAGAAAAUUAGAAUAUGACUUAAGACCGAUACAAAGAAAGGAUUUUUAGUAAUCUGGGCCAACAGUAAAGUAUGAACAUGUCCAGCACUCAAUACUCAGCAAUGCGGUGUGGCAUGGAGUCGAUCGGUCUGUGGCACUGCUCAGGUGUUAUGAGAGCCCAGGCUGCUCUGAUGGUGGCCUUCAGCUCUUCAGCAUUGUUGGGUCUGGCAUAUCACAUCUUCCUCUUCACAAUACCCCAUAGAUGUUCUAUGGGUUUAAGGUCAGGCGAGUUUGCUGGCCAAUUAAGAGCAGGGAUCCCACGGUCCUUAAACCAGGUACUGGGUAGCUUUGGCACUGUGUGCAGGUCCUGUUGGGAAAUAAAAUCUCACUCACUCACACAUCUUCUACCGCUUAUCCAAACUGCCUCGGGUCACGGGGAGCCUGUGCCUAUCUCAGGCAUCAUCGGGCAUCAAGGCAGGAUACACCCUGGACGGAGUGCCAACCCAUCACAGGGCACACACUCAUUCACUCACACAAUCACACACUACGGACAAUUUUCCAGAGAUGCCAAUCAACCUACCAUCCAUGUCUUUGGACCGGGGGAGGAAACCGGAGUACCCGGAGGAAACCCCCGAGGCACGGGGAGAACAUGCAAACUCCACACACACAAGGUGGAGGCGGGAAUCGAACCCCCAACCCUGGAGGUGUGAGGCGAACGUGCUAACCACUAAGCCACCGUGACCCCCAUGGAAAUAAAAUCUGCAUCUCCAUAAAUUUGUUCAGCAGUAAGGUCUUAAGUCAUAUUCUAAUUUUCUGAGAUACUGAAUGUGGAAUUUUCUUUAGUUGUCAGUUAUAAUCAUCAAAAUGAAAAGAAAUAAACAUUUGAAAUAUAUCAUCAGUCUGUGUGUAAUGAAUGAAUGGAAUUAGUGAAAUAAAUCGACUUUUUGAUGAUGUUCUUAUUAUAUGACCAGCACCUGUAUGUAUUUAUUCACCAUGCAGUGCAUUUUAUGUUAAAAAAAAAUACCUUUUUUUUUUUUUUAAAUGAUCUGUCUCAAAUGAUUUCAUUUUUAUUUUCUUAAACAUUAAAUGCACUACAGGGCUUUUUUGUUUGUUUGUUUACUUUUUUUUUGGCUUUGUAGCGCAAAUGUUUAUGCUGCUAAAAUUCCGAGCCACAUCUUGUCUGAUCCGGCGGAGAUCAGAUAUCGUGUUGGAAUAAAAAAACAGACCCGGGAGCUAAUCAUAGUCUAAACGCAGUCUCCCGUCCUGCGGUGUUAGCUUUCAGUGUUGAAUAAGGCAAAAUAAACCCAUGAUCUGUGGAGGUGUCGAGUCUCUACACAGCCUUACAGCAUGAACACUAGUGUGCACUUCAGUGUGUAGAUCUAUGCAACGUGUCUCGUGCGCUUUUAUCUGCUGUCUCAGUGUUAAACACCAGCCGUGUUCAGGAAUAAAACGUGUCAAGUCCA